UUCUGACUUUUUUCUCAGAAUUCUGAGAUUAAAGUCAGAAUUCUGACUUUUUUCUCAGAAUUCUGACUUUAAUCUCAGAAUUUUGAGGUGGGCACCUGCAGGCUUCCAGCUUCAGUGACAGCGAUGUGUCCAGUUUGGCAGGUGGAGAACUAAUUCACUAAAUAUGGUGGAUAUAAGUGAUUUUUUGCGUGGCCGAGGGGUCCCCGAAGAUGCUAUUUUAUUAAUGGAAGAGCAGAAGAUUGACUGUGACGUCAUAGCACUGAUGGAUGACGCAACUUUGGCAAACUACAUUCCCUCGUAUGGAGACCGAAUUGCCCUCUUCAAUUUCUGCAAAAGCAAGCAACCACUGUCAAAAAGAAAACUAGGACUUCUGCAAAAAUUUCACCUCUCGAAGUGAGAGAAACAGUCGCUGACAUGUCAGAUUUGGAUGACUUAAUAAGACUGUAUUUCAGACUUUCCUUCAGUAACAAAGAAAUACUUUCAAUUUUAGCACAUAGUCAUCAGACAAUUAUGAGUGUUCGAACUCUAAAGAGAAUUUGUAAAAGACUUGGGCUUUUUAGAAGGAAGAAUCAAUCAAACUUGGAGGAAGUGCUAGCCUUUGUCCAACAACAGAUCAUGACAAAUGGACAGAUGCAAGGUUAUCGUUGGCUACAUCUUCGUGCAAUUCAACAUGGAUUUGUGGUGUCACAAGAUACUGUAAGAUGCAUAAUCAAAUUGGUUGACCCUCAAGGUGUGGAACUGAGACGAGCUCGACGGUUGAGAAGACGUCAGUACAGCUGCAGAGGGCCAAAUGCUCUCUGGCACAUGGAUGGCUAUGACAAGUUGAAACCAUAUGGUAUUGCUAUCAGUGGCUGCAUAGAUGGUUUUAGCCGCUAUGUUUUAUGGAUGGAGGCUUAUACCACAAACAAUGACCCUAAAUUGAUUGCAAGUUAUUUUCUGAAAACAGUUUCAUGCAUCAAUGGAUGUCCAGAGAGGUUACGUGCUGACCGAGGUACAGAAAAUGGUUGUGUCGAACAAAUGCAGAUGUUUUUACGGAGAAACCACACAGACAGUUUUGCAGGUGAGAAAAGUUUCCUUUACGGAAGAAGUACAGCCAACCAACGUAUAGAAGGAUGGUGGACUACCCUACGCAAACAAAGUGCACAAUUUUGGAUGAACUUAUUUCAAAGUUUUCAGGAUGAUGGCCACUUCACAGGGGAUUUUUUGGACAAAGGUCUUAUCCAGUUCUGCUUUCUCAAUCUUAUUCAGGAUGAACUUGAUGAAGUUGUGAACACAUGGAACUCACACAAAAUCCGGCCAAGUGGUAGUGCAGCAUCGGGUCGACCAGUAGUAAUGUACUCAUUUCCAGAGCUGCACAGUGCUGAGGACAGACUGAAACCUAUUUCUAUGGAGGAUAUCACUUUGUGUAUGGAAGAGUGUAGCCCAAAAGGUCAAUACCCCUGUGAUGAAACAGUCUUUGAACUGUGUUGUCUGCUUAUGGUAGAAAAUGAAUGGGAUGCCCCAGGAGAUCCACUUGGUGCUACAGAUCUGUAUAUUAGGUUAAGAGAAGAAAUACUGCAAAGUAUUUAAGAAACUUCAGUGUGUAAAUGUACAAAUAAAUACAAAAUAUUUCUCUUUA